AUGCCAGAGGUUGCUAUAGAAACUUCUAAAGGCCAAAAGAGUAAAACAGCAGAACUUGAAGAAGAAGACUUGUCUUCAAUCGCUUCUUUGAGCAAUAAAGAUCAGAUUUCAGAUGAACAAACAAAACAAACAACACGUGAGGAGCCUACAUCUAAUCAC